AUGAACAAUGCGUUGGGCGUAGCCUGGCGCAUACCAUGCGCGGGGCUCCGUGCCUCGAGCUGGCUUGCCCCAUCAACAUCAACAUCACCUCUCCGCUCCUCCGCUCCUCUUCGUCUCUCCACCUCUACAGCCACCCUCCCAUGGCAACCCGAUAGCAUCGCCAGGCGCCUUUUAAGCUCCUGGUCAAGCCAAUCCUCACCCCUCUCUAGACAACCAACCACUCCCUCCUCAUCCCUCAUUCCCAUCCGCUCCCUCCACAGUACCCACCCUCUCCGCGCCAACCACCCAACAUCUCCAGACCAAUCCCAAGAACAAGGCGCCCAUCCCCGCUCAACACCCUUCACGACCACCGAACUCAAGACUAUCUUCGGCCCACGUACGAAACUUCCCCCAGCCCUUGCGAACCGCGUCCUCGCCGUCCUCCACGGCCGCCGUCUCCUCGGCACCCUGGACCUAAACCUCCCCGCUGAUAUCGUCCGCUCCGUGCACCCGCGCAGUCUCGAGCUAGCACUCAAGUACCUCCGCGCGAACUACCCGGUUGACGAAGAUGCCGCGAUCCUGGCCCGCGUGGAGCGCGAAAUGGACGAGGAGGAAGCAAGAAAUGUACAGCGGUACAUGCCGCAGGGUGGUGAGUAUGGCGCCGAUGUGAAUGGGGGCGCAAGUGCGUCGCAUAAUCCGUCGGGAAAGAGUGUGUUGGAGGAAGUCCGGACGCAGAAUGAAGCGUACUUGCUGGCCGAGCAGGAGAGGAAACGACAGGAGUGGUUGUCCCGCGGCAUGCAGCAUGAUGAGAGGGUUAGGCGCUCAUUGGAGAAGAAUAGUCUUGCUCUGCGGGAUGUGGAUGAGAAGACUGCGCUGGAGAUUGCGCCGAAAGACCGACAACUUGCGGACCCUAAGCAGCGUCCUGUUCUCGCUUGGGUGCAGAAGAAUUACAUGGCUGCGGAGGACUUGGACUUUGAUCUAAACAAGCUCACCCUGCGUCAACGGCUUCUCCCCUCACUUGCGUUCGUGCUCCUAACCCUGGGUCUCUGCUACGCCUACACAAUGUAUUACGAACCGCCCGCAACCUCCGACAGACUAUGGCCCAAUAUUCCUCGCUCAGCUGCAACGGUCGGCACCAUCAUCGGUAUCAAUACUGCUAUCUUCGCGCUCUGGUGGUUCCCUCCGUGCUGGAGACUCUUCAACCGUUACUUGAUCAGCAUCCCUGCCAACCCUAAUCCUCCCGUGAGACUCCUCGGCAACAUCUUCAGCCAUCAGUACCCUAAACAUCUGAUCUCGAAUAUGCUGUUUCUAUGGUUCAUUGGAACCAAGUUGCACGAUGAAAUCGGCCGCGGAGAGUUCCUAUCUCUCUACAUCGCCUCUGGAGUUGUCGGCUCGUUCGUCACCCUCACGGCUCACUGUCUCAUGGCUCAAUGGACUGUGAGCGCGCUCGGUGCCAGUGGUGCCCUCUCUGGCGUUGUGGCAGCUUACUGCACGUUGAAUGCCAACGAAAACUUGCAAUUCUUUUUCCUCCCCGAAGAAUGGAAGAAGAUGCUUUCCGUCCCUGGAUGGACCAUCAUUACCACCAUGGUUGCUCUGGAGUCAAUCUCAUUGGUCCGCCGACUACGUGGUCCUCAUAAGCUCGAUCACUGGGCCCAUAUGGGUGGCUACUUGACGGGUAUUUCCUGGGCUUUGUGUCGGCCAAAGACGGAGCGGAAACAUCCUGAGAGUGGGACUACUUGGUAUCGCUGGCUGUCUUCGAAGAAUUAG